CGAUGCGGGCAGCGAGAUUGCCGCCUAGGCUUUGCAUCGAUUGCUCGACACUUGGCCCCGAGGGAGCAUCAUACCGUACGCGCAACUGUCACGCCUCUCCCGCGGUGGGGCGUUGCAUUUGCCAGUUACCCCAAGGAAGCCAUCCCGAGGCGUGCCUAGGGUUACGUGUGACUGGGCAUGACGGCCGCAAAGCUCCUUGCCGAGUGAGUCCCUUUGUCUUGGGCUGGAGAAAGCGUUGGCAUCGAAAGCUCUAGAGCCAGCUCCGCCCGCACGCCCACCCACACAACAGGGACCCCCACCGCCGCCGACUUCCGCUAUUCUGAUUCCUGACCUCGACCCACGCCCAGCGACCGACUUUUGACCUUGACAAGCACAGCAUCGCAGGGCCUGCACUGCACCAUGGCGCCGCCGAACGGCUCCUCCAAGCCUCGCAAGGCUGGGGUCCCCAAGCAGCCGGCCAAGCCUGUCGUGCCUGCCCUGCCGCUGCCCUACGUCAAGCGUCAGGCCGCGACGGCUGCAGCUGCCGCGGCAGCGUCCAAGACGGCUUCCCCACGACGGAUGGCUGCCGACGCAGAGGACCCAAGGCGGGAUCCCGGCGGAGCCCAGGUGAAAGCGGCCAACCAAUCCUCAAGUCUGGGAACGCAGCAGCGUGACGAUGAUUCAUCACCGGGCAAUAUGGGGGAGACUGGGAUCAAUGGCGUCGUGAGCCAUGCCGUGGAGUCAGACGGCCACGAACAGAUGGUUGCUUCUGCCGUAGCAGUUCCUGCUUCAGUCAGUCAACCAAAAUCCGAGUCUGCUCACGACUCCGCCGAGGCGCAGGCGGCUAGCGGUCCGAUCCCGCUGCCCAACCCUGAUCGCCGCUCCGAGACAGCUGUCGCCUCGAGGGCUGCGUCUGCGAACAGUGGACACACGCCAAAGCCAGUCGCGCAGUACGACGUCCACUUGACCAAGUCUCGACCUCCCCAAACCGUUUCGCCGACCCGAUACCAGAUGCCCCCUCCCUUCCAGCCUGGUAAUCGUCCGAUGGGUGCCAUGGUGAAUGGAGAUGCGCCUCGAGGCCCUUGCCCACACCCGCCGAGCGGGACGCACCAUAUGCACCAACCGCACCCCAGCAAUGGGAGCAUCCAUUUUGGAGCCUUCCAUGGCUCUCAACACUCUUCUCCCGCGCCGCCUCACUCUGCUGGAAUAGCACCACCCCCCGGUAUGACUGGUCCAGAUGGCCACCCCGGAUUCUUGGGGCCUGCGAGCAAUGGGUUCCCACCAAUGCUGCCGUACGCCGGAGACUUGAUGCAGCCUGCCAAUUUUGACAACUAUGGCCGUCCAGCCAUGACUUAUGGACAUAUUGACCAGUAUCAUCCAUACGGAACCAGCUUUGCCCCCUCGACACCCCACAGUUUCCGUGACUCGCAAUCUUCCGGACACCCUGACGAGAGCGGCAUCUAUGGGAACCAAUUCCCACCAGGAAACCUCCGCAAUGGUGUUGUCAUGCCUGGUGAUGACAUGCGCUCCCAGACCCCGCAAACGCGAAUGUUCGGACCUCCUGACUACCGCAUGAUGCACGAUGCUGGUCACCCGUCUAUGAUGCCUCAUGGCGAUCAUGCUGAUGGCCUGGUCGGAUACUUGCAACAACAGUUUGCUUCCCCAGAGCUCGCCGACUGCACGCUAGAGCUCCGGUACGCGGACGACAGGGCAAGACCAGUCAGAAUCCCUGGGCAUCGAAUGAUAUUUGCCAGAAGCCGUCAGCUUUCUGAAUUGCUUCGCGGUCAAGUUUCCCAGCCAGACGCUCCGGAGACCACCUCGCAGACCUUGCUCCUCGAAAGUGGCAACAAGUGGAUUCGCUCUGAUGCCUUCUAUAUGGCAGUUCAGAGACUCUAUGGUCUGCCGCUGCUGCCGAUGCCCCCCCCUCGAGGUCUCGACUCUGCUGAGAUGACCGAGGCCGGUUCCGCCUCCGAACGAUUCGAAUUUGCCCUCUCAUACGCUGCCGCAGGCAGCCUUUUGGACUGGGUCCCUGUUCUCAGGCGAGGUUGCGAGGUCGCAACCCAGUUACUGAUGUGGCAAACCAUGGAGAAGGGGCUUGAAUUCGCGCUCGACGGUCACACUGAUAAUGGCACUCGCGAAUCGUACAAGUACGGUGAUGGAUCGCGGGCUUUGUUGAACGCAGUGGUCACGUACAUUGUUCACAACCUACCGCCCAGCUUCAACCUCGAUGCCGCGGCAGACCCACCAGAAGGCUACGCUCUUUUCCCGGCGCACCCGCUUUUCUCACUCUCCCCGACAGCGGGCAAGGCAGACCAAAUGCCGACGCCUCCUAUUGCACGAGGCUCGUCCGUGCAGCUCGUCAAGGGACGACGCUCACAGCAGAUCACAAACAUCCAAUUCGGUGACCUGGCGCUAUCGGACGGUCAGGUCGAGCCUGAUUCUGAGACGCCAAAGGCAACGCGGCAGGCUCAACCCGUAUCGCAUGCUAUUCUAUCCCGCGUCAUGCUCAACCUGCCUUUUUCGCAGCUCAAGAUGAUACUCGAAUCGUCCGGGUCUGGAAACGUCAAUGGUUGGGCGACCAGCGAGACUCGGUAUCGGGUCAUCAAGCGCGUCGUUGAGGAACGUGAAAUGCGUCGCCUUCGCGCUGUUGACGCAAUUGUGAACGGGCAGAUCGCGGACUCCGACGCGAUCCGUGUGGGUCUCCGCAACCCAAUUCCGCAAGAUCUCGGCAGAUGGACAGCUCUGGGAUGGCAGGAAGAGCUGCUACCCUUUGGCAACCCCGAUGGCCCUUCCCUGGGACGGAAAUGGGUUCCUCUGAUGGAUGCUCAACCUUUGCCAGCUGCCGAGUAUCCAUGAAGUGCCAUGCCUCGGGGUUUACGAAUGACGACGUUAACACUCAUGAGAUGGUGCAUUAUGCAAUUGGCACGACGCGGACAUCGUGGGAGCGGCAUAUCGACGGGGGGCUACCUUUUGAGGCGCCCUGUUCGUUUCGUCUGAAGCUUACUGUGCUACUGAGUACAUAUCGACUUGAAUCCAGGUCCUGGCUUCUGGAGAGCCCUUUCAGGCGAGGAUUUGCAACAACAGCUACGCUCGACUUGACAAUACGUGCAGGCUGAGAGUUAUCAGCAGAGCCAGCAGCCCUCAUGUCAACUCGGACCGGCGACAGAGGGCGAUGACACUGGCCGCGUGUGGGGAUGAACCGCAGGGCUAGCGAGCGGCCAGCACGAGUGGCCGGCGGAAGGGUGUGAUUGUACGGCGAACGACGGCAGAUGCUGACGGGUAGCAUCUGCGAAAUCUGGAAGCAGGAGGGUCGUGCCAACGCGCAACGAUCACAGACGGCCAACACAUAGUGGAAACUGAGAUGUUGAAGGCUUGGGUUGGUCUCACAAAGUCGUAUUUGAAUGGACAGGGUGAUGGCUUGGGCUUGCGAGGAUACGACCAAGCCAAGAAGCACUUUGCACGCGAGCAAGAAAAGUAAGAAGAAA